AUGCCGCAGCCGCAGCCGCAGAAAACAACAUCAACAAGUACCAUUCUGAAAGUGGCUGGGUUCGAUGGAGAAAGAGUUGGUGGAAUUCUCAAGAAAUUUCCUGUUAAUUAUCAAAUUCUCGUUAAUACCCAGGUGGGAAGACAUCUUAAAAGUCUCACCAAGCACCCCAGGCAGAAAAUUCGGGCUUUUGCUGUUGACUUAAUUGAGAUAUGGAAAGGCAUAAUUAUCAAGGAAACAAGUAAAAAUAAAUCUGGGCCCUCAGAUUCUAAGGCUGAGUCAACAAAUGGGGAGAGAGCUAAAGCUGGGAAAUUACAAAAGAGUCCUUCAGUGAAGGUUGAGAAAGGAGAAAGUGUCAAAGUGGAAAAAGUUAAUGGGAAUGGUACAUCAGAGCUGAGCUCUGGAAAUGUAAAGGCACAAAAUGUGGAUGUCAAAAUUGAGAAAACUGAUCGUUCUUCAAGCAUCAAGGUGGAAAAGAUAGCCAAGGAGGAAACACAUGUUUCGGUAGCAAAGAAAAUUUCAUCCAGCUCUGCUGCUCCUCCAAAGCUGAAGACUAUGAUCAAAUCUAAUGAUUCAGCACGAGACAAAAUAAGGGAACUUCUCGGAGAUGCUUUAUCUAAGGUCUUUGAAGAGGCAGAUGAAGAUAUGAUGGACGAAGUAAAUGCAUGUGACCCAAUUCGUGUUGCAGUGACAGUGGAGUCUCUAUUAUUUGAAAAGUGGGGUCCUUCAAAUGGAGCCCAAAAGGUCAAGUAUAGGUCAUUAAUGUUUAAUCUUAAGGAUCAGAAUAAUCCAGAUUUCCGAAGAAAAGUUCUGCUCGGUAUUGUUGAGCCGCAGCGGCUAGUCGACAUGACUUCAGCAGAAAUGGCCAGUGAACAAAGGAAGCAGCAGAUUGAGAAACUCGAGAAGAAGGCUUUGUUUGAAUGUGAGCGUGGAGGUCAACCAAAAGCUACUACUGAUCAAUUCAAGUGUGGUAGGUGUGGUCAAAGGAAAACCACCUAUUACCAAAUGCAGACUCGUAGUGCUGAUGAACCUAUGACAACGUAUGUCACUUGUGUUAACUGCAACAACCGUUGGAAGUUUUGUUAG